AGUUUGGGGGAAACAAGAAGGCGGCAGACCAUGGCGAUGAGGAGCGAGGCAAGGGUGGAGGCAGAGGUGGAGGAGGAGGAAAACUUCGGGCCACAGCCUCUGAGCAGACUAGAGCAAUGUGUAAUCAGCGCCAGUGACAUCAAGAAGCUGGGAGAAGCAGGUUUCCACACAAUCGAGGCCGUCGCCUACGCACCCAAGAAGGAGCUGCUCAACAUCAAGGGCAUCAGUGAGGCCAAAGCAGACAAAAUUCUAGCUGAAGCUGCCAAACUUGUGCCCAUGGGUUUCACCACAGCUACUGAGUUCCACCAGAGGAGAGCAGAGAUCAUCCAGAUCUCCACAGGCUCCAAGGAGCUCGACAAACUCCUGCAGGGUGGGAUCGAGACAGGCUCCAUCACGGAGAUGUUCGGAGAGUUCCGGACGGGGAAGACCCAGCUGUGCCACACCCUGGCUGUCACCUGUCAGCUGCCCAUCGAUCAGGGGGGCGGAGAAGGUAAAGCCAUGUACAUCGACACAGAGGGAACCUUCAGACCGGAGAGACUCCUCGCUGUAGCCGAGAGGUACGGGUUGGUCGGCAGUGACGUUCUGGACAACGUGGCUUACGCCCGAGCCUUCAACACAGACCACCAGACCCAGCUGCUGUACCAAGCCUCCGCCAUGAUGGCCGAGUCCAGGUACGCUCUGCUGAUCGUGGACAGUGCCACAGCUCUGUACAGGACAGACUACUCCGGCAGAGGGGAGCUGUCUGCCAGACAGGGACACCUGGGACGCUUCCUCCGCAUGCUGCUGCGGCUGGCAGACGAGUUUGGCGUUGCCGUGGUGAUAACCAACCAGGUGGUAGCACAGGUGGACGGGGCAGCCAUGUUUUCUGCAGAUCCUAAGAAGCCGAUUGGAGGCAACAUCCUGGCUCACGCCUCCACCACACGUUUGUACCUGAGGAAAGGCAGAGGAGAGACGAGGAUCUGUAAAAUCUACGACUCGCCCUGCCUGCCCGAGGCCGAGGCCAUGUUCGCCAUCAACGCUGACGGAGUCGGCGACGCCAAGGACUGAGCGUGCUGAGAGGCGGGAAGCAGCGGGGCGGUGCUCAGUCACACCCGCUCACUCUGUCUUGGAAUAAGUGUGUGUGUGCAAUCUUCCCACAUAAACUGCUGCCCUCACACACACCCUCAGACUGAUGAUGAUUUGGUCGGACGCUGAUGGAGCCCGAGCGGAUCAAACGCUGCGGGAUGCAGAUGUGGAGCUCAGUGGAACAACAGCUGGAUGGAACGGUCAGUUUUCUCUCACACUGAAGCACAUUUCACUCAACAAAGAAAAAAAAGAUGUUUUCCUGCAAUUAUGAUACAGUAUCUCAGAAGUACAACAUCUGUUUGGCUAUAAUGAGAUACUACUUCAUAAUUACAAUAUCAGCAUCAUAAUUAUGAGUUAGUAUCUCCAAAAUUACACAAAAAUCUCAUGAUGUGAUGUUCUUAUAGUCUAAUAGGAAGAUCCAUUGUCUCAUAAUUACAAGAAAAACUAAAUUCUAACACAAGAGACAUCUGUUACGUAUUAAAUAAAUUCUUUUUUUUCUUUGUUGAAUGCAGUGAAUCUCUGGAGUUUCAAAGAUGGGUGGAGUGGUAAAAAGAAAAAUUGUAAAAACUAUUUUAAAUAGUUUUGUGAGCUCUUUUUGUUCUGUUAACUUUGUGUUUAUGGUGUUCUAUCAUGUGGUGUCCCUUUUUUCAGUGUCCAAAAGUGAAGCGUUUUCUGAGAAUGUUGUUGAAACAUAUUAUUUUGCAAUGAAAACAUUCCUACACAGCUAAACUUUAACUUAAUUUCUCAAAUUUCACCUCUUGCCAGCUACACCACGACUGGUAUGUCCCUUUUCUCUUAUGUAUAUAAGCUUUAUAGCUAAAUUAAAUUUGUUUUACCAUUAAA